AUGAAAGCGGAUCUUCUUCUGGGCUCUGUUGCCUUGAGCAUCAUAACCGGUACUGCGAUUGCUGGCACUGUUUCGGUUAAGAACCAACUCAGCUCGCGAGGUGUCGAUGUCAAGCCUCGCGCUCUCCCGGAUGCCCCAAAUGGUUAUGCUCCAGUCCAUGUCCAAUGUCCAGCAAGCCGGCCUACCAUACGAUCUGCUUCAACGCUAUCUACCAAUGAGACGGCAUGGCUCCAGACAAGACGUCAGAAGACCACAUCUUCUCUUAAAGUCUUCUUUGGGCAUGUGAAUAUCGAUGAUUUUGAUGCUGUCAGCUACAUCGAAAACCACUCUGGUGACGAACUACCCAAUAUCGCUAUUGGAAUAUCAGGUGGAGGUCUCGUGGCGGCCCUUAACGGAGCAGGUGCCAUCAAGGCUUUCGAUGAGCGUACGGAAGGAGCAACAGCUCAAGGUCAGCUCGGUGGACUGCUACAAUCCUCCACUUAUUUUUCGGCCCUCAGUGGUGGCUCGUGGGCUCUUGGUUCUAUUUACGUGAACAACUUCACGACAGUAACAAAUCUACAAGAUAAUCUUUGGGAUUUUGCAGCAGGCCUUGAGCUCGGUCCUGGGACGAUUGAGCCUCUUGAGAUGUGGGAGAACAUGACGGCCGAGGUUAAGAGCAAGCGUGAGGCUGGGUUUUCGACUGGUGAUGCAGACUUCUGGGGCCGUAUUCAAGGCUACAACUUUUUUAAUGCUAGCCAUGGUGGCGUUGACUACACUUGGUCCUCUAUUGCGAGAACCCAGUCUUUUGAAAACGGUGAUAUGCCAUUACCGCUGGUAGUCAUGACUGGAAAUUAUCGCAAUACAUCAACUUUGUCGACCUCCCCUGCAACAUACCCAAUCUACGAGACUACACCUUGGGAAUGGGGUACCUACGAUGAUAAUAUCUAUGGCUUCGUCCCAUUGGAAUACCUUGGUACUCGAUUCGUCGGCGGCGCUGUGCCAGAAAACGAUACUUGUGUUCGUGGCUUUGACAACGCGGGCUUUAUCACAGGCACAUCAAGCGACAUCUGGAAUGAGAACGGCAAUGAUCUAGUUGCGCAUAUUAGGAGUGCAUUAACAGACUCAACAAGUUCUACAGAAACAGAAGAGUUCGAAUUCAUCAUCAAGGAAUUCCUCAGCGCCACCAGUUCAUCCAACUCUACCAUCAAUGGACCUGCAGCCUAUGAUCCCAAUCCUUUCUACCAGUACAACACCGCCACGUCCCCACUUGCGAAAGAUACAGGACUAUUCGUCCAGGACGGAGGGGAAACAAGCCAAAAUAUUCCUCUUUACCCUCUUAUUCAAAUGAAGCGCAAAGUAGACGUGAUCUUCGCGGUUGAUUCUCUCGGAUCCGACAGUUUCGAAGACAACUGGCCCACCGGCUCAGCAUUGAUCGCCACCUACAACCGCACCCUCCUCAAUGUUGCCAAUGACACUUCGUUCCCCCCAGUUCCAGACCUGGACACCUUCCUCAAUUUUGGUCUCAACGCUCGUCCAACCUUCUUCGGCUGCAAUUCCUCCGCCCUAUCGAAGUCAACACCCUUGGUCGUUUACUUGCCCAACCAUCCCAUCACCUAUAGCUCCAACUACACACUCGAGCAAAGCAGUUUCACAAAUGCUGCGCGCGAUGACGUGAUUACAAACGGCUAUAAUGUUGCCACCCAGGCAAACGGUACUCUUGAUGAGGACUGGUCGGCUUGUGUUGGUUGCGCAGUGCUUAGCCGCUCGUUGGAUCGCACCGGUACUGAUGUGCCGGAGAUUUGUACGAAGUGUUUCCAACGUUAUUGCUGGAAUGGUACUGUUGACAACGAAAGUCCAGCCCCCUAUACCCCGACAGCAUCCCUGUCUGCUUCAUCAGUGAAGGCAACUUCGUCGUCGACUGCCUCUAGUGCGAGUACUUCGCUAACUACGAAAGGUUGGUCUACUCUAGCUAUGAUGGGAUUUGUUGUGUAUAUGGUGGUUUAA